CCUUUAGGUAGCGGGGCAGUGGGCGGAGCCAAGGGGCGGUCUCGCGGGCGACCAGUUUGGCGGGCGCCGGAGGCCUGCGUGGGCUGAGGGGGCAGGGCUUCUACUGGAGUGUUGUGCUCUGGCUCCCGCGUGGGGAGCUUAGGUGGGCCGCGGGCUGGCCGGCAGGGGGUAGGCCUGCGGAGUGUGGGGCGGCGUCCGGCGUUCUCGCUCCCAGGCUCCGUCAGACUGGUGUCGGGGCUCCCACCCCGAAACUGAAUCGGACAGUCUGGGUGGCGCCUCUGACUGUUUUAAAAAUCUCCUCAGAAUUCAAAGAGAUGAGGAGGAACCAGGAAGGAAGAUUGAAGAGUCCAGGGUGUUAUGAGAAAAAACUCCAAGAGCAUGCAGCCUUAGACGACAAGUGAAGAAGAGUUUCACAGGAGUAAGAGGCUUGUUUUGAUCCACCUCUUGAAGUGGUUCCCACCAGGAACCCAAUCACGUGCAACAAAAGGGCAGCUGACCCAGUCCAUCCUGACCUUGCUGGUUUGUUGGUGAAAUACAAGAAUCUUUUAGCUGAGAGUACAUCUGAUUGAAAGAAAAAAAGCCGAGCGAAAAGUAGACCUUUUGGAGAAAAAGUUAGCAGGUGUUAACAGAUUCACCCCUUAUAUGAGUAUGAAAGAACAAGAAGACAGUUUCAUGAUGAAGGACAAAGAUGAAGCUAUCCUGGUCAAGAACUUUGAGAGAGACAACGUUUUUCACUCUGAAGGACCAAAAGAUGGACAGAAAAUUUGGGAUAAAUGUCAACAAGAUUUGAUCCAUAAGGAAAAACAAUUACCUGAGUUAGACAGACCUCCGUAUUCAUUCAGAUGGGAAACUAAAACUGUGCCAUCCCUCUAUCAGAAAUUCCUCAGUCAGUUGUCUACUCUUCCCAGCAACAGUGUUGAACCCAUACCAGCCACAGAGGAAGGUGUGAAAGGGAGCAUUCAGGAGACUGGUGCAAAUGAGCAAUCUUGGAAGUCCAGAGCUGAAGGCCACCAGCAGGAAGUUCAGAUGCUCACUAAGCAAUUGGAGAAGCAGUAUCAUCACUGUGAAGAAACUACUGGAGAAUCAUCUGACACUGUGGAAAAGUAUAAGGAACAAAAAAGACCUUUGAAAAGUCUGAAAGGAAAAAUUGCUAUUAAUGAUCUUUUUCCAGGGAGAUUAGACUUGGACACGAACAAAGAAAACUCCCAGACUAAGAUUUCCCAGAUGGAGCAUGGCAAAACAUUCAAGCAGCUAGAGAAAGACAACAAGCAAGAAACAUUACUGAAAAUUCAGCAGAAUUUGAAGGUUGUUACAACUCAAAGAUUAGAGGAGAAAAUUCAUGAACUUCAGAAACAGCUCAGUGACUUUAAAUUGUCAAAUAAAACUAUGAAAACUCAACUGACAAGAGUAAAUGUCCUUAAAGACAAAACAAUUGAGAAGCUCAGGCAAUCUUUAACAAAAGUUGAAGCAAUGAAAGGGAAGGCAGUUAUGGAAACAGACUUGGAAACUACAGUAGACUCUGCUGAGCAAGAUGCAAGGUGGGACAAAGAGAGGGCCCAUCAAAUGUUAGAAACUGUCACUCCUGAGCUCUGCACAGCAAAGAGCACACUUGAAGAAGUACCGGGACAACAAGAAGAGCUUGUUGACUUUUGAGAAACUAUUAAGAAGAUGCUGGGAUUUAACAUGAAAACAGUAGACAAGAAAAUCAUCAAUCACCUAAGGCUUAUUAUACAAGUAUAUGAAGCCUCUGACAAAUCAAAGAUUGCUUCUGCGUGUGAGACUGGAUAGGAUAAUGAAUAAAGAAUUUCUGCCAACCAGAACUCAGCAGACAUGGACAUUUCCUCCAGCAUCUUGAAUAUGGCUACGUUAUGAA